AUGCGCCCGUUGACCGAAGAAGAAACCUCGCUGGUAUUCGCCAAAUUGGCGACAUUUAUUGGUGACAAUGUCUCGAUGCUCAUUGAUCGAAAUGAUGGGGAUUACUGCUUCAGAAAUCAUAAGGAGCGUGUUUACUACUGCUCGGAGAAUCUGAUGCGACAGGCGGCGUGCAUCGCGCGCGAGCCGCUCCUCUCGUUCGGCACGUGCCUCGGAAAAUUCACGAAAACCAAAAAGUUCCAUUUGCAAAUCACCGCGUUGGACUAUCUCGCGCCAUACGCGAAAUACAAGGUGUGGCUCAAACCGAACGCCGAACAACAAUUCCUGUAUGGAAACAACAUUCUCAAGUCGGGAAUCGCGCGGAUGACCGAAGGGACGCCGACGCACGCCGGAAUUGUCGUCUUCUCGAUGAGUGAUGUGCCGCUCGGAUUUGGAGUGGCUGCCAAGGGAACUGCUGACAGCAAACGCGCCGAUCCGACGGCUCUCGUCGUUUUACAUCAAUGCGAUCUUGGAGAAUAUUUGAGAAACGAGAGCACCCUUUAA